GUGAUGAAGCGGAUGUGCAAGGCGGUGCUGAAGAAGGGGCUGGGCGACUUCUUCCUGGGCGAGCUCGAUCUAGACCAGCUCGACCUCCAGCUCACCCGCGGCACGCUCGAGCUCACCGACCUCGCCCUCAACGCCGAAUUCAUCAACGCCCAGCUAUCAACAUCUCCCUUCAUGGUGAAAGAAGGAUCGAUAAAAUCCCUGCUGGUUAAAUUUCCUCUACAGUUGAAGAGUUGCGAGAUUGUAGUGGAAGACUUGGAGCUUGUCCUUGCUCCAUCUGUUCCUAGCGAAGUUCCACCUGUAGAUGCUGAGUGCUCUGUUUCUGGUAAUAGUAGUGGCACGCACAACACCAACAGAAAUGAAUCCGAUAAACACUGUUCUACAUCUGCAUCUCGAGAUGUGGAUGAAGGCGUUAAGAGAAUAGCCAAUGCUGUCAAAUGGUUCCUGACAAACUUCAAAAUCAAGUUUAAGAAUACAUAUAUUGUAUUUGAUCCUCACACAAGUUUGGAUAACAAGGUCUCAGAAUACAACCGAUCACUAGUUUUCCGGGUUAAAGAGAUAGAAUUUGGAACCAAUCUUUCAACAGAUGGGCUUGUCAAGCUGAAUAAUUUUGUAACGUUCCAUGAGGCGGUGAUUGAGUUCUUGAAGAUGGAUCAUGUCGAUGUAUUGCUUCAGAAUAAUUCGGAUAGAGCAGCAGCUGACAUCUCAUCAGGUCAUAGUACUACCUCGGUCUUGACAGGCCCUAUUGGUGGAUUCUCGGGGACAUUGAACUUAAGCAUCCCAUGGAGUAAUGGAUGCUUGAACCUUAAGAAAAUUGAUGCAGAUGUAUCUGUUGAUUCAUUAGAAUUGUUGUUACAAAUCAGCAGUAUCCAGUGGUUCAUCUACGUGUUGGAUUCUCUGCAUAGGAACCAAGGUGAACAUAAUUCUGCCCAUAAUACAGCAGAUAUGUCCUUGAACACCUCCAGAUCUGCCUUAAACGCUUCGAAAUCAGUGAUGGCCAACAAGGAAGAUUUGGAUCAGAUCGCACUUUCACAAAAUAGGCAAGACAAAUACCAGGAUUCUUUCCUAACUAAGGCACAUGUGAUUCAGGAUUGGAUUCCGGAGCUAGUUGUUCACGAAGAUCAAGGCGAACCUGAUUCAGAUUGUGAUGAAAGCAUUGAUCAGUUCUUUGAAUGUUUUGAAGAACUGAGGAACUCCCAGACAAAUUUAGGAAAUAGUGGCAUAUGGGACUGGACGUGUUCAGUGUUCAACGCUAUUACUUUUGCAUCCACUUUAGCUUCUGGAUCAGAUCAAGUUCCUAAAGAACCGCCGAUUGAGAAAACCGUACGGGCUUCCAUCGCUGAGAUAUCUGUUAUUCUUUUGUUAAAUGAUGAAAUGGAUGCGGGCGAUUCGAGUGCUUCUACCAGUCUAUUCCAUGAUAUGAGAAGUUCCGAAAUGUUUUCGAGCUGCCUCUCCUCUGGGCAGAUAGAACAAUCAAUGAUGUCUCCUGCUACCGCUUCCAGCUUAAAUAUGCACCAUCUUGAAGCCAAGUGUCAGAACAUACAUCUUGAACUUGAGACAUAUCCCAGAAAAUUAGGUUUCAAGGCAUCGAUUGCCCACAUGAAGCUUGAUGAAUACUACAGUACUGAAAAUACUAAUCCAACCCACUCACACCUUGGGACUGCUUUCUUAAAUAAUAACUUCUGUAGAGAAGUUCAAGCUGCUCUCCCUCAAUUCCCAUUUGCUUCUCAAGAUUACUGGGUGGAAACAGCUGGACGCGGUUCUCACAAUUCAGAUAAAUUCAUUAAGGUUGAGCUACUAAAAACAUUUGGUGAGUGCACAUUCCAUUAUGAUGUCAGUAACACGGAUCAAGAUGGCAACUCAGGAAGCUCAACUUCACUGUCAAUUCAUUUGGCUCCUUUGAUUUUGUGGGUGCACUUCCAUACAGUAUACAUGGUACUGAAAUUUAUCAGUAAAGUUAAGUCUGAUCUUCAUGGAGAGCAUAAACUUCACAGGGGUGGUGAUGAAAAAAACAGCAAAUUGGCUAAUACUUCGUCCAGCGAGAGCCUGAAGGUUCAGAUAGCCCCAUCGCAUGCAAGAAUCAUUCUUUGCUUUCCUUAUGAGCCCUCUUGGGAUUUAAGUCGUCCGUCCAUCUUGGAUAAGUUCCUUGUCCUCGACCACACGUUAUCUCAGAAAGCCCCUUCCCCACUUCGAAAUGAAAGAUCUAAUGAUGGUCAUCCGAGCACACCAUCUACUUCACUCCAUUUGGCUACUGGGAACUUUGACAUCUACUUCAUUAAACCUGUCGGUGUAUUGGAUGGUAGAAUCGGCUCUUUGAGCAGGCAAACUUUCUCUGCUUUGAAGAUUUUAUCGGUGACUAGAUCCGAAUAUCAUGACUCCAGCAUUAGAAUGAUCCGGAAAAGUCAUCCUGUAACUUGCCCUGAGAUGGUGAACAAAGUAUGGAGUUUGCCAAACCUACACGACCAGAAGAUUACUCAGAAAGAAAAUAACAAAUGGGUCGGCGUUGCCUCUUCUACAACUUCACAAGAUCUUGUAGAGUCAAGUUUUACUAUACGCCAGGAGCUCAUUCAGAGCACUGAAUUCUUGCUGCAUGUUCAACUUCCUUGUGUUUCAGUUCAUCUCAAUAAGAAGGAUUGUGGACAACUAAAUCAGCUGCUAGAUCUCAUAGUUGAUGGGCUGUCAGAUGUAGCAACAGGCAGUUCUGAAAAUGGCAAGGACAAAAACAGCGAAGUUGCCAUUCAAACAUCUGUCAUUUUUGAAUGCAGCAUGUUGGAUAUUUGCACUGAGUUGGAUGAAACUGUGGAAGUUAGUCCUUCAUUGCAGGCAGAACUAGAAGGCUCCUGGAAUCGCCUCAAGUUGUCCGUUUCAAAAUUGUCUCUGUGCUCAUUUUCUAAUGUUGGUGGGGUCAAUAAUUCCAGUUUUCUUUGGGUGAAUCAUGGUGAAGGUGAGCUUUGGGGUUCUGUUAGUGGUACAGAUGAUCAAACUUGUGAAGAAAGCAAAGAUUUUCAACUAGUUAUUUGCAAGGACUCCGCUAGUCAGCGGGGUGACGGUGAAGGGAACAAUGUAUUGUCUUUCGGAACUGCUGGCUGUUCUGUGACCCACAUCAGGAACCCAAAACUACAAGAGAAUUAUACUUCUGUCAAUGUUCGUUCUGGGACACUUGUGGCACCUGGUGGACGAAUGGAUUGGAUCAGUGCAAUAUCUUUGCUGUUCAGUUCAGGUUCAAGUGGAUCUGAACAAUCCAGUAAUAGUAGUAGCACAAAUAGUUCACAGGCUGGUGAACCUUUUUGGUCAUCUUUUUUCCUUGAGUUGGCUGAUGUUGCUCUGAGCUAUGAACCUCACCGGAAAAAUUCUACACUCGGUGCUGAAGCUCCAGAUUGCAAGUCUUUUUCAUGCCUUUUAGCUGCCUCUUCAUUUAAACUUCAUAGCAAAUCUGCAUCAGACUCCGCAGCUACUGAUUUUGACAUCCAACUACGAGACCUCGGGCUUCUCAUCUGUGGAUCAUCUGGUUCGAAAAAUGUUACUUGCGGUUAUGAUGUGGAUUACCUCCGUCAAAUGGGCUAUGCUAAGAUUGGCCAUAAUACAUUCGUUGAAGCUGCUCUACGAAUUGAUACUUCCUUUUGGAAGCUUGAAAUAUCCGAGUCACAAUUUGAUAUUGGUACCUGCCGUGAUUCAACAUAUGGUCUUGUCCAUUUGGUUUCUCAAUUACAGAAGCUAUAUGCUCCAGAUAUGCGGGAUGCCUUAGUUCAUCUCCAAUCUAGGUGGAAUAUUGUCCAACAGGCAAACACGCAAAAUAUGGCCAGUGAUGCAUCAGAUAUGUCAGAGAACAGCACUGACAGCUUCGCAGAUUCAGCAGAGUCCAAGUCUGACGGUUUGCUUGAUGACAUAAUUGAUAAUGCUUUUUACAGUGACCAGGCCAACACAACCUACAAUUUCUGGGACAGAAAUUGUCAUAACUCAUUUAGUAACAGUGAAGUGAAUGUUGAGUAUGAGAUGAGUAUGAUUAACCCUGAGGCAACUGAUGCCUGUGUUUCACACAUUUCGCUUGGAUCAUCAUUAGUCACUCCAGCAGACAGUACUGCUCCUCAAAUACCACAAAAGCAGAACUCCUGUCCUGACCACAUCAUUGACUCUUAUUAUAUGCCUGAUCUUCUGAAUUCAUCAUCAUCAUCUCGUAAAGUAAACCAUCAGUGCACAUCUGGUGAUGAUGCUUGUAAAGCUGUGGACUGCGAUGAUGGUGGAUGGUACAGCAAUACUCCCUUGACGAUAGUUGAAAACCAUGUCUCAAAAAGGAACAACCUGCAUGGAGAGCAUGUGUUCCAACAAGAAGGUGAUCAUGCUGUUCGCAACUUGAAUUCUGAUGAAUCUUGCAAUCUGAAAGGCCAGAUUCUUAUUCAUGAUAUAGAUGUUAAGUGGCGAAUGUAUGCUGGAGAUGACUGGUCAUUAGCUGAGAACGAUUUAACUAGCCGUACGUGCUCAAAUGGAAGAGAUAGGAGCUCUUCUUUGGAAUUUAUCGUGUCAGGGCUCAGUAUGCAAUUUGAUAUGUAUCCAGAUGGGGAUGUUUCUGUUUCUAAGUUAGCCAUCUCUGCCCAGGACCUAAAUCUUUGUGACCAAAAUGCGCAUGCUCCAUGGAAAAUGGUUCUUGGAUGCUAUGACUCGAAGGACUACCCAAGAGAAUCUUGCUCCCCUGCAUUCAAGUUAGAACUGGAGUCUGUAAGGCCUGAACCAGAGGCUCCUUUGGAAGACUACAGGUUAUGCCUUGAGAUUUUGCCUCUUCAAUUACAUCUUGAUCAGGGGCAACUGAACUUCCUCAUCAGUUUCUUCCAGAAUGAAUCUAGCAACAGCAACCCUCAUCUGUCUUACGAAAAUGAGAUUGUUGGUAUGGACAGCACAACAUAUGGAAGCGCUGCAAUUGUGGAUGAGGCAUUACUUCCUUUCUUUCAGAAAUUUGACGUGAAGCCUCUGGUUCUGCAUAUUAAUUAUAUUCCUCGCCAGUUUGAUCCUAUUGCACUUGGCAAAGGAAAUUAUGCAGAACUUCUCAACAUCCUUCCAUGGAAGGGAAUUGAUUUGAAGCUUAAGAAUGUUUCUGCAAUGGGUGUUUACGGGUGGAACAGUAUAUGUGAAACAGUAGCUGCGGAGUGGCUGGAGGACAUUUCCAAAAAUCAGGUCCAUAAAUUGUUAAAAGGGCUCCCACCUAUAAAAUCAUUAGUUGCUGUCGGUUCAGGCACUAAGAAAUUGGUUUCACUACCAUUCAAAAGCUACAAGAAGGACCGCAAGUUGCUCAAGGGAAUGCAAAGAGGUGCGGUUGCUUUCAUCAGAAGUGUGUCCAUCGAAGCUGUAGGGCUUGGUGUCCAUUUAGCAGGGGGAGCUCAUGAUUUGCUUUUGAAGACAGAACGUGCACUUACAGCUGUUCCACCUCCUUCAACCUCACGCGAAGCAAGAAAACCCAAAGACAAUAUAAGAGCCAACCAGCCUGAAGGUGCACAUCAAGGGUUGAAGCAGGCCUAUGAAAGUUUAACUGAUGGGCUUGGAAGGACAGCUUCUGCUUUGAUUGGCAAUCCUAUCAAGGUUUAUAAUCGUGGGGGUGGCCCUGGUUCAGUGUUGGCUACUGCAAUAUGUGGAGCUCCAGCUGCUGCAGUAGCUCCAGUAUCAGCUUCUGCUCGUGCUGUACAUUAUGCACUUCUUGGGCUAAGAAACAGCCUGGAUCCUGCACACAAGAAAGAAUCUGCAUACAAAUAUUCCGGGCCUUCUCAAUCAUAGACUUCAUUCAUGAGGAGGCUGGUUAAGCUAUGGUCAUAUCGCCAUCGUCUCUAUGGAAGAGGAGCGGUUGAAGAGCACCCGUUUUGAUUCCAUAAAGUGGUGGCGGGCUAACUUGUACAGCGUGUACAGCUUUUAGCGUAGGUUAUAUGUGGCAUCAAUGCCCUUGUAUAGUAUGCAAGUUAAUACACACCAUGGGUUGUAGUCACCACACGUGUCUCCACCUCGGGUGGAAGUUUUGUAAGCUCCUGGCAGGCAUUUGACCUAAGGUAGAGAGAGGGAGGGGCAAUGGCCCCAGAUUUGUACAUAAGUUUGUUGCUUUCUGAGCUGUGCAGAUGUAAAUAGUAACUCUUCUGUUUCGGUUGCUAGUAUGUUUAUGGGCUUGCUAAACCGCCAAUGAUACAUCCUCACGCUUUGCAAGUGUACAUAUUAGUAUUACCAGGUUUUCUGCA